AUGUCUACUAUGCGCGCUGUGGUCUACGAUGGGGCGUUCAAAGUAACGGUUCGCGAGGUUGAGAAGCCGAAGUUGCUACAUCCCGACGACAUCAUAGCCGUGUAUCAAAGCGACCUCCACAUGUACGAGGGCCGUACAGCUGCUCAAGCUGGUAUCGUCUUUGGGCAUGAAAACAUGGGUAUCGUUGAUGAGGUUGGGGCUGGUGUAACUCUUCUUAAAAAGGGAGAUCGUGUUGUUAUGCCUUUCAACGUCGCUUGUGGACGUUGCUUAAAUUGCGAGGAGGGAAAGUCUGCAUUUUGCACAAAUGUCAACCCUGGAUUUGCAGGCGGAGCAUAUGGAUACGUGGCCAUGGGUCCAUAUGUCGGUGGCCAAGCUGAAUACGUCAAGGUUCCAUUCGCAGACUUUAAUGCGCUCAAGCUCCCUCCUGGAACAGAACAUGAGGAAGAUUUCGCCCUGCUCGCUGAUAUCUUUCCGACUGGAUGGCAUGGAGUUCAGCUUUCGGGUUUCAAACCGGGGGAGUCCAUUGUAGUUUUUGGUGCUGGACCUGUUGGAUUGAUGGCAGCGUAUUCUGCCGUGCUUCGUGGAGCAUCUGAGGUUUAUGUUGUUGAUCGUGUCCCCGAAAGGCUUCAAAAGGCGAAAGAUAUCAACUGCAUUCCCAUCGAUUUUAGUCGAGGUGAUGCUGUUCAACAGAUUCUGGACCAUCGGGGAGGGCAAGCCACUGAAGUGGAUCGAGGUGUCGAUGCUGUGGGAUACCAGGCGACGACAGGAGACGGAAAGACUGAGCAGCCCAAUGCUGUGCUUGAAGCACUCAUCCGGGUUGUACGACCUACAGGUGGCUUGGGGAUUCCAGGACUCUACGUUCCUAGCGAUCCUGGCGCGCCAGAUUCCGCUGCAGCAAAAGGAUAUAUUUCUUUCCCAUUCGGAAAAUUAUUUGAAAAAGGAUUAUCCCUUGGGACAGGUCAAUGUAAUGUCAAGGCGUACAAUCGUUAUUUGCGCGAUUUGAUCAUAUCCGGAAAAGCGAAGCCGUCUUUUGUUGUCUCUCAUAAUAUUCCUUUGGACAAUGCAGCUGAUGCCUAUGACAAGUUUGACCGGCGAGUUGAUGGAUAUACAAAGGUCCUGCUACAUCCCAAAUCGGACUUCGCGUAUCUCGUUGAAUUCACUUCACAUUACAUCUAUCUCCUCUGUUCACGUCAAAAACAAGCAAUCGAACGCGCCAUGAAUGAUAUGGAUGUUGAUGAGCCCAUGGAUGUUGUCCCCCAGGUCAAACGGUUCAAGGAUAACGAUUCGCAUUUCCAUGAAGCCUUGGAUCAUUGGAGACAACUAAACCUAUCUCCUAGCUUCAUCCAAUUUGCCAAAAGUGCAGACGGACUCUCAGCGUCUAUGCCUCUUUUGCUUCAUAAUUGGCGGGAUAUUUAUGCUCUUUGGCUCGAGGCAUUCAAAUCUGCAGAUGAUGAAGGUUUGCGAGCACUUUUAGAUCUUCUUCAGAAAAUGGCGCACGAUCUACGAACGACCUUGUCGCCGAUAUAUUCUUCCCUAUUGGAAACAUUGCUCUCUCUUUUGCCAAGCACUAUAUCCGCCGCCGCUCUUACCUCGCUUUUAGAAACUCUUUCUUCAAUCUUUCGAUACCUCCUUAUUCCUGCCAUCGAUACCAAACUCAUAGAAGAAACAUGGUUGACAAUAUGCUCUACAUUACCAAAAUGUCAUGGUGAGAUUCAGAGGGCCGUGGCUGAGGUUUGGGGGGGUGUCCUUCGAAGAAUGAAAUCUGGAGCUCGAGAAAGGGCAGUGGAACUUUUAGCCGAGAAAUCUGCUUAUUUAGAGGACGCCAGUGCUUGGGUGAUCGUGUUCGCGUGCAAGGAAUCGGAUACCACCCAGGAAAAGGAUAUAGCCGUUCUGAAGAAGAUGUUCGAAAUUGUUGCCGUCGUGUGCGGUGUACGAUCAGGAUCUAGGUUGACUGAAAGUCAAAAAUCGUUGCUAUUUUCGCAACUCAAUCACUUGCCUAUUAUCCCCGAUAUUCAUACUACGUUGCUUCGUUACCUUACGGCGUUAUUUUUUGCGGGGGACAUGUCCCUGUGGCUGGGUCCUGGGCUGAAAUUUCUGCAACGCAUAUGGUCAACUACGGCAAUUGAAGGCACGGACGAUUCCCACACACAUGUCCCUUUCACGCAAACCCAGAUUUCGUUCACCUUAAAGUUCAACUUGUGCCUUGCAGAUGCAGGAUGGGGCGGGUGGAAGCUCAUAGCAUCUCCUGUGUUAAUGAAAUCUGUGAUUAAGCCAGAACUCUGCUUGAUCGACAAAGAGCAGAGAAGGUUGAUUGCCUUUUUAGCGGCCCUCCAGAGAGAUAAGAAACUUGGGGCACCCUCCGAUAUCGAUGUUGUAUGGAGGAGAAAAAUCGAGGGAAUGGUGCUUGAUCGAUUGUCGACUAAUGAAUGGAAACAAGGAUCCAGCGAUGAUAUGGUCACAGAAUUAGAUGGCUUACUAACAUUAUUGCCAUUCUGCCUGACAACGAUUACUACUCCACUGAUUGACAUUAUCAACUUGCACAUCGAUUCCACGUCCUGUCGUGCCGAAGAUGUUACUGCGGCGAAUUCAGUUCGACUGCUGGGUCUGUGUUUGAAUGCUCUGUCGAAGCGCGAUACUUCGGAGUGGGCAGCUAAAAUUGAUCUCGAAAUGUGGACGAGGAAAGGGCUCGAAAAGUGGGCAUGGUCUCAUGAAGUACUAGCUGGUCUGGUUGUUGUAGCACAAGCAAGCCCUUUCACGAAGACGAUACCACUGCAUCAAGUGUAUCCCUCGCUGUAUAAUUCAUUGAUAUCGCAUUCGCGCGCACUUCGAUUGUCUGCUUUACGAUUGCUGGACUGCAAAUUGGUCGAUCCCCAGCACGAUCAAGUCGAAGUGCUUAAACGAUGCCUACAAGGUGAAGAAGUGUCUUUAGAUCUUCAAGGUGUCAGAGAGAGGGUCUUGAGGAUUGGACGAGUCGGGCAGGUUGUUGGUGAUGAGAAAGGCGCUGAUCUAUGCGCACGAUGGUUGAUCGCACAGCUCAAAGUCAACCUCAGGCCACUUUGGUCGCCUGCCACUGCUGCGUUGGGCACCCUAGCGCAGCGUUUUGGCGAUUUGGUGUGGAAGCUUCUUUUUGAGGAAUUGCGGAAAGUUACGUUACCUCCACCAGGCGGGUCAAUCUCGCCCUCACAAUCACAAUCCUCUGAAAGAGGUCAAGACCAUUCAGGAGAAGAAGCCGAGCACGGAAACGAUGCAGAUCCUUGGGAAGAGGAGAGAUCGUGGAGAGAUCCUAGUGCUCACAAGCUACGCAGCAUUGUCUUGGUAUGGGAUGACCCAGAAAGAGAGAAAAAGCGCUUACAAAACGAACAGGAUAACGAGGAAAGGUUCGAUAUUCUCUCGUACGAAUAUCAACUUCUCGCAACCUUAGGAGAAUGCUCGUUGUUGGCGGAAAAACACAACCGAGACCUAGUCCCUCAUUUCCUGAUGCUUAAUGGACAAAGUGAAUUGUCCACAUCUUCCAGCCUUCUACCCAAGCCGAAACUUUUGGCGUGGUUAACUCUCUUUUCCAAAUUUUCCAACCCAAAAGCUCUUUAUGCUACCGACACCCUUCGCGCUCUCUAUAUCACCAACUUGUCCCACCCGGACCGGUCUUUGCAGAGCAUUGCCCUCUCCUGCCUGUUUACUUACAAAUCCCCGCACUUGACACCUUAUGAAGAUCGCAUACGUUCUUUGUUAGAUGACACGAGGUGGAGAGAUGAAUUGGCCCUUUUGGAGGUAGAUGAUAUUCCGGCAGCCUCUCGAGGCGAGGUUAUUAGUGUGAUCAUCCGGCUUCUCUUUGGCGUUAUGUUGGAAAAGAAAAAUAGAGGUCGUGGUGGCGGAGGCGGGGGUGACAGAAGAGCUGCUGUUCUGAGCGCCUUUGCAAGGUGCAGAGACGAUGAGUUAGGGCUUCUGGUCGAUUUAAUGUUGCGUCCAUUUGGCUGGGAUCGGUCUUCUCCCACCAGUCUGGUGUCGGAAGGUCACAAUGUCUUUCAGAUCGAAAUGGUUGAUAUGAAUUCCCACAGCCUAUCCGACAAGCAGGUAGCUGGGUAUCUGACACUCCUUGGCGAUGUAUUGAAGACUUUGGGAUCGCGAUUGAUGUCGUACUGGCCUGCUUUGCUUGGGAUGACUGUCGACAUCACUGCUACGGCGCAAGCUCGCAUCGAUGGCAUAAAAGAUAAAACCCCCGUUGAAAAGGAUGGUGAAGAAGUUACGAUUGACGAGGUGGAGCUUGCUGAUGAUGCUGAAAUAUUCAACCCCUCUGUGAACUCCACCAAAGCCAUCCGAGCCAUCAGGCAGCUAGGCCUAAAACGCUUCGCAGACUUCUUCCGUAUCCCAGUAAUCUUCGACUUUACGCCGUAUAUGAUGUCUGUUUUCUCUGCCAUCAUUAACCCUCGUCUCCCAGCUCUUGACAGAGAAAACACGCAAGCUCCCUCCGCACUACUGGAUCUGUUCCACGUCUGGACGGUCGAUGGAAUGCAUGUGCCACUGUUGGUGGACUACAACAAUGACACAUUACCCAAAAUAUAUGACUGCCUUGUUGCCACUAAUGUUAAGCCCGCCGUCAUAUCCAAGAUCUUUGAUAUCGUGGAUAACCUUUUGGGUUGCUCUGCCGAUGAUGAGUACGCUCGAGAACAUGUAUUGAAACCACAUGUGUCUCGACUACUUGCCAACUUGUCUAUACUUGUGGAGAGGACGAAAGGCCAGUCCACGAUUGCUACACCCAUUGGGCAGCGUCAGAUCCACAUUUUGUCUGAGAUUGCCCAAUAUUCGACGAGCUCCGAGCAGGCAACGACAUUGCUCGCUUUAUUCAAUCCGUUGUUACGCCGACCAGCCAAGAUUGUACCCGAAAAAGUCAAGAUGGGCCUCGUCAAAAUUAUCGGAGAGUUAAUCCAUCUGAUCCCCGAUAUGCAAGACAGACGGAGUACGACUUAUAGCAAAACAUACGGUCUACUGUCUCAACUCUUCCAGUCCCUGAGAUCACGAGUUGCUCGAAUCAGUCUAGUGGCUACAUUCCACCGCCUUGCUGGUCUCGAUUCAUCAUUGAACGAACUUGCCAAUUUGCUCGAUAGUUUGAAUGCGUAUUCGCCCAAGAGGAUCGAUGAACCCGAUUUUGAACGCCGACUUGAUGCUUUUGCGACCCUCAACGAAACGAUGUACAAGUCGUUUUCAUGCACAGACUGGCUGCCGAUCUUGUACAAUAUGCUUAACUUUAUACAGGAUCCUGUUGAACUGGCUGUACGAAAUAGUGCAUCUUAUGCGAUGCGUAAUUUCAUUGAUUUAGUCGCAGCGCAAACAUCUCCAGAGUUCGAAGAUACAUUCGCCAAAGCGCUUUUCCCCGCGCUAAAAAAUGGAUUGCGGUCGAAGAAUGAACUAGUUCGUGCGGAGAUUUUGGGCGUCAUCGCUUACUCGGUGGAAAAAUGCGAGAAUAUUGCAGUGCUUCAAGAUAUGCGGGUUCUUUUGGAAGGUGGAGACGAAGAGGCUAAUUUCUUCAACAACAUACUUCAUAUCCAAGUUCAUCGCCGAUCUAGAGCCCUGCGUCGAUUGGCAGACCAUUGCGAUGAAGGGCAUCUAAAAAAUACAACGAUUUCCGAAAUUUUUGUACCUCUCGUCAGCAAUUUCAUAUCCUCCACAACCUCUGUGGACCAUCACCUCGUCAACGAUGCCAUUUUGGCAACAGGCCGCAUGGCAAAGCAACUAGCUUGGGGUGCUUAUUAUUCUCUUGUCCAAAAAUACAUCAAACUUUCAAGGGCCAAAGAUGAAUCGGAACGUAUCUACAUCAGAACUUUGGUGGCUUUGUUAGACAAUUUCCAUUUUCCAAUGGAAGAAGUCAUCAUCGUUCCAGAGCAAACAACCGAAGAAAUGGUUGUUGAGGAGGAUGAGGAUGAGGAUACUGUUGAGCCUGAGGUCUUAGAACAGGCUUCAGCAGCAGCCAGGGCUGCAAAGAAUACUGCGCGCAUCGCUGACGCUGUCAAUCUUCGGCUCUUACCUAGUCUCUUGAGUCACCUGGAAAAGCACGACAAGACGACGGAUGAUAACACACGUAUUCCCAUCUCCAUCGGUAUUGUCACUGUUGCCAAACAUCUGCCCGCCGCCACCCGAGAUAGCCAGAUUACCAGGCUUAUUACUAUCCUCAGUCAAAUUAUGCGCAGCAAAUCUCAAGAAACUAGGGAUCUGACUCGCGAUUCUCUGAAUCGUAUAGCUGUGGCCCUUGGGCCUUCUUACCUACCAAUAAUUCUGCGCGAGCUGAGAGCCGCUCUCUUACGUGGUCCACAACUCCAUGUUCUUGCCUAUGCAGUGCAUUCGCUCAUUCUGCACGUUACCUCGGGGGAGCAUGCUGCCGAAUUCACAAUGCUCGAUGAUUGUGUGAACGACGUCGCUUAUGUUUCUGCGGAGGUCAUUUUUGGCGAGUCGGGUAAAGACGUCCAGGCGGAAGACUUCAAGACGAAAAUGCGAGAAGUACGUGCGUCCUCGUCGAUGGGUCUCGAUUCGUUUGCUAUUAUAGCCAAGUUCGUAACUCCUCCGAAAAUCAGCAGUCUCCUGCUUCCUGUAAAGACUAUCAUGCAAGAAACUGAGGCAAUCAAGGUUAUGACCUUGGUAGAGGAGGUUUUGAAGCGCAUAUCGACGGGUUUAAACAGCAAUAAACAUUUGGUACAGACUGAGCUUCUCGCACUGUGCAAUACCUUGAUCAGCCAAAACGCGAAAUUCCUUCAACAGACGCCUUCACGUCGCAAGGCCAGCGCCAAAGGAGAUGCCAUUGUACAAAUGAAGAGAAAUGCUGCAUCAGAGGUUGAUCACUAUGCAAAUAACUCUUUCCGAUUUGUAACUUUUGGACUGGAGUUACUGAACACUGCCCUCAAACGCAAUCGUUUCGAUUUCCGAGAACCUGCCCAACUUUCCCGACUUGAAUCUAUGGUCGUUGUGGUUGGAAAUACAUUAUACUCAACGAACGCAUCUGUUUUGAUACUGGGGAUGCGAUGCGCGGCCGGUUUGGUUAAAUGCCCACUCAAAGCCAUUACAAAGUCCAUUCCCGUCAUCGUCCAGCAGAUUCUUGACAUCAUCAGGCAAACUGGUAACACGGAAUCGGAACUCGUUCAGGUCGCAUUCAAGUCGUUGGGUGCAAUCCUUCGUGAUGGGCCUCCAGUUCAGGUCAAAGAAAAAGAUCUGGUAUAUUUGAUCGAACUUCUUUCUCCCGAUCUCGAGGAACCUGACCGGCAAGCGGCUGUUUUCACGCUCCUUCGUGCAAUUGUGGCCCGCAAGUUUGUUGUCCCUGAGAUUUAUGACCUUAUGGAGAAGGUUUCAGAAGUUUCAGUUACGAGCCAGUCGACGCAAGUCCAGGAACUAUGUCGAGGUGUACUUCUUCAAUUUCUCCUUGAUUAUCCUCAAGGCAAAGGUCGCUUACGCAAUCAGAUGGCUUUCUUUGCAAAAAAUCUGUCAUAUAUACAUGAGUCGGGACGCACUAGUAUCAUGGAGCUGCUUAGUGCUGUAAUCGUCAAAUUCCAGGCAAACCUGAUUCAAGAGUAUGCGGAUCUUCUGUUUGUCGCCCUCGUUAUGGUCGUUGCCAAUGAUGAAUCUUCUAAAUGCCGUGAAAUGGCCGCGCAGCUCAUCAAGAACCUGUGGUCGAGGUUGGACGAAGAACGCCGAAAUGCUUUACUGUCACAUCUUCAUUCGUGGACCUCUCAGUCCGCUCAGCCGCUUCUGACAUGGGUCGCAGUGCAGGUGUACGGUUUUAUCAUUGACAUCGCUCAGGCCGAAACGCAGCCUUACAUUUCCGUCGUUUUGGAAGAUUUGAAGAGUUCCCUGAAUCGAAGUUCUGCUGCCAUCAAGACCGCAGAAGAAUUUGAAGAGGCCAAUGACAUGGAAGUGGAACUGGAAUGGCAACUUCCGUACCAUUCUCUUACUGUCCUUACCAAGGUUGUUCGCGUAUAUCCCAGCUUUGCGACUGAAGAGGACAAAGUGGAGUGGCUGCCUGUUAUAGAUCAUCUUCUUUUUCCUCAUGCAUGGGUACGCACUGCGGCGUGUAGGCUACUCGGUCUUUUCUUCUCCGCUGUCCCUGUCGCUGCCCCACGCACGAAUCUUCCUGAUGAACACCCUCUGUCACGUACAGGCAUGCAACUUGUCGCCCGGCAACUCACGCAACAACUCAAAAGCGAGCACCUUGACGAAGCGCUCGGUCUGCAGGUUGUUAAAAACCUGUUUUAUCUCGGCAAAUGUUUCUAUUUGAUGCCUGUCGCUGAUGCCACAGCGAUCGACGAAGAUGCGGAAGAUAUUUUGGAUAACGAGAAUGGUGGGCUGGCGGCGGAAUCGCUUGGGCAGGAGACUAGCGAUAAGUUGAAGAAUCUGCACAGUCCGCUGCCGUGGUUGUUCUCGAAAGUAUCGUAUCAGAUCAAAUCGGGGCAUAUUGCGAGGAGAAGUAAGGCUGCGUCAAGGCCAAACUGGUCCCAGCAGCCUUUGGCUGGACUGAGAUGGUUUGCAGCUAUGACAUCGCAUAUGGAGGCGGAGAGGCUUGAGCAGUUCCUUGUUCAUAUCUUGACCCCCGUAUAUCGUAUUAUUGAAGAUGACACUAUCAGAGACUCGCAAAUGGAGGAACUCAAAACCACAGCCACGGAGCUGCAGGAUCUGGUACAAUCGAAAGUUGGGACGACUAAGUUUGCUACGGUUUACAACCAGAUCCGACAGAGUGUCCUUGGGGUCCGCAGAGAGCGAAAGGUUGCGAGGGUUUUGCAGGCGUCAACGCACCCAGAAGCCGCUGCGAAGAGGAAGAUUCAGCGGAAUGCCAUCAAAAAAGAUAGUAGGAAGCGGAAAGAGCGUGGAUUCCUAGAAAAGAAAGGCAAGGCGAAACGACGCAGAGAAGAAUGA